CCUACAUCCCUUCUCGGUCUUCUUCUUUCUAAGUCGAUAUCUUCCUGUCCAUCCCCUUCCCAGCAAUCUCAACCAGCAUCAUGUCAACCCCGCAAUGUUUCCCCUAUGAUCCAGACAUCGCCACGCCAUUCGGCUAAAUCUAGUGAUUUUCAUGACGGUCGACUUUUUCAGCCUCCUUCUCCAGGUCAUCGGGGGCGGAGUAGCAGGGGCUGCCUUCAGCACCAACACUUCCUACUGGCCGGGCACCUAUAUCAUGGUCGCGGGGAUUAUCUGGCAGCUGGUCUCGACCUGCGUCUUUACCACUCUGCUCGAGUAUGUCAUCUAUCGGGCUAUGCGCCAGAUCAUUGGGAACCCACCACUACGGAAGAUCACUUUCGCGCUGAUAAUUGCUGUCACCUGCAUGGUGACUCGGGGUGUAUACCGCAGCAUGGAGUUGAUUAAUGGGUGGCGGGGAUAUCUCUUUACCCAUGAGAUCUAUGCGGUUAUUUUGGAUGCGCUGGUCAUGUUCGUUGCUAACGUUAUGUUGAAUAUCUGGAACCCGGCGGUGCUGAUCAAGGAGGCGAGGGCUAUGGGCGCAGAGGUGGUAGAAAUAAGAGCCAGAGAAGAGCAGGAUAGGAAGAAGAGAACAAGUGACGAGUAUCAGCCUAUGACUGAGGAGGCCGAACCAGUUUUCACCACUACUAUUGAGUAAUUUCUUGGUUGGGGUUCGAGGUGAAGCUGGAAUGUCUAGGUCUCGUCCAAGAAUAUACUAUAGUCAGCACCUACUUAUGCGCUUAUCUAGAUUUCAAUACCAGAUAGUCAUUAGUGAGAGCAAAUAAAAGAAAACCUAAUAUCACAG